GGCCCUCUCUCUUGAAGGCUCUGGCCUUUCUUCCCCCCCUUUUCAAUCGAAUUUUUGGCUAUUUUUUCCCAUCACCGAGGGAAGAACAGAAGAAAAACGAAUUGACACUCGAAUCCAUCGCUGGGAAAUUCUCGUUGUUUGCUCCUGGUUAUGAUUUAGGGUUUUUAUCACCGGAAUCCGUUUGCAAGUUGGCAUUUUUUUUGGUAGUUUUUUUAGAGAACUUCGUCUGUUCUAGGGUUUGUUUGUAACGUUUACUGGGUGUGCUUUAGGGAUCCAUGAACUCUUGUUUAUGUACUUAAAAAUUGGAUUUUGGUGAAUUUUUGUAAGCUUUUCAUUUCUUUGUGUGGUUGCCGAGAAAUUACGGGGUGGAGAUCUGUAGCAGUUUGCUUUUGAAUCCUCUGGGUUUCUGGCUUAAUAAAAUUUUGUGUUUUUCUUUGGAGAAGUCGGGUUCUUUGUUGGGAUUCAUAGUUAUGUGGGUAUUCUCUCAUUUGGAAUGUUUUGGGGGAGGUGGAGAGCCUUAUUGCCGUCGAAAUGAUCAAUUUCAGUUGUCUUCUAUUGUGAUUUGAAGUUAGAAUUCUGUGAAUUUUCUUGCAGAGCUAGUGGAGUCCAUAAAGGAGUGAGCUUUCUGCAAUCUUUGGGUGCUGGUGGUAUUGCGGUAGAUUGGGAAUUAACAGGAUCUUUCUGUGUUUGGUGUCUUGAUCUCUGAGUUGGUGAAAAGGUUUUCUUGUUGGUGGUUGGUGUCGAUGAAGAUGGCUGCGGGGACUGAUCUCUCGUCUCCUUUGAGCGUUUUGGAUGGCGGGUUCAUAAGCAAGGACACUGGUGGUAGUGGGUCUUCCCUAGAUAGGCAGGACCUGGACACUCCAGAGGCCACCAAGCAAAUAAAAGCCGGGAAGCCGCCUCGACACCUCUCGGCGAUUCGGCAUUGCGCGAGCACCGCCCGGUUGGAUAUUUCAUCUGAAUCAGAGUUGGAUAUUGGGGGUUUGAGCUUGAAGUCUUCCUCUGAUAGGCAGUCAGAUUUCUUCCCUGUUCUCCGGUCUGGAAGCUGUGCCGAGAUUGGGCCGAAACAGAGCAUGGAAGAUGAGCACAUCUGUGUAGACAAUUUGGUAGAUCAUCUUGGACAUAUUGCCCAUGUUCCAUCACCAGGGGCUUUCUAUGGGGUGUUUGAUGGCCAUGGUGGCACGGAUGCAGCAUCUUUCAUCCGGAAGAACAUACUGAGGUAUAUAAUUGAGGAUGGUCAUUUCCCCAAUUGCAUGGAGAAGGCCAUAAAGAGUGCAUUCUUGAGAGCUGACCAUGCCUUCGCCGAUGCCCAUUCGCUUGACAGUACAUCCGGCACCACGGCACUCACUGCCCUUAUUUUUGGGAGGACAUUGCAUAUUGCCAAUGCCGGUGAUUGCCGAGCUGUAUUAGGGAAGCGGGGCCGAGCUGUUGAGUUGUCCAGAGACCACAAACCCAAUUGUAACAUUGAAAGGCUCAGGAUCGAAAAACUUGGCGGUGUUGUCUAUGAUGGAUACCUGAAUGGCCAGCUAUCAGUAGCCAGGGCUCUUGGUGAUUGGCACAUGAAGGAUCCCAAAGGUUCUGCAUGCGCAUUAAGCUCAGAGCCUGAGCUGCAGGUGACAACUUUGAUGGAGGAAGAUGAGUUCCUAAUCUUGGGAUGCGAUGGCCUCUGGGAUGUGAUGAGCAGCCAACAUGCUGUGACAAUUGCCAGGAAGGAGCUCAUGGCCCAUAAUGAUCCCGAGAGAUGCUCGAGAGAGCUGGUUCGGGAGGCACUCAAACGCAACACUUGUGAUAAUCUGACCGUCGUGGUCGUCUGUUUUGCACCCGAUCCACCCCCUCGAAUCGAGUUCCCAAGAUCCAGGGUUCGCAGAAGCAUAUCGGCGGAGGGGCUGAACUUCCUUAAGGGGAUUUUAGACAGUAAUGUUUGAUAGAGAAGAGAUGGAAGCAUGUUAGUGUUUCUUAGGUUUCUUUCCUUCCAUCUGAAGGUAUUCACCUUGUAUAAAGUUAAGGCUGCUUGCAUUUGGUGGCAAUUGGCAUCCAGCCUUCUUCCAGGAAUAAAGCUUCUUGUGAUGUAAUUUUUGUUUUACCUUUUCUCUCUUCCAUUCUGUGUUCUUUCAUGAGCAUGAAAGUUAAUAUUGUGAAGCUCCAUAGGAUCCUCUCCACAAUAAGAGAUGAAGUUAUGUGAGUGCU